AAGCUGAAUGAAUGGAACAGUCAGGGCAGAAGGGAGGUUUGUGUUUCAUGCUCUCGACUGGCCACAGGACACAAACAACACUGUGCCUCUGAAGCCAUCUGGAAGCAUUGGAGCUGUGUGUCCUGAGCGGCUCUGUGCGUCUCUGAAGUUGCUGUUUCAGGGAGAGCAGCCAGUGCAGUGUGACUGGGAGAGCACACUCUCCAGGAUAUUAUCCCUACUUGGAACUUGAAGACCCAGUGGAUGCUGGCCAGCACUGUAGAUUUGCUCAGUGUUCCUUUGAUUCUAGCAGGGCGCCAUGAUGGAUAACCGGUUUGCUACCGCGCUGGUGAUCGCCUGCGUGCUCAGCCUCAUCUCCACCAUCUACAUGGCAGCCUCCAUUGGCACCGACUUCUGGUACGAAUACCACACCCUGUCCCCAGCCGAGAAUGUGAGUGAAGCUGGUAGAAGCAUCUGGGAGGAGUUUGUCAGCAAAGAUGCAGAUGAGAAGACCUACACAGAUGCGCUCUUCCGGUGCAACGGCACGGUUGGACUGUGGCGGAGAUGUAUCACUGUACCCAAAAACUCUCACUGGUACAGCCCACCAGAAACCGAUAUGACUACAAACUGCAUCAGUUUCUCGCUCUCUGAUCAGUUUGUAGAAAAGUACAUAGAGCCUGGAAAUCACAACAGUGGCACGGAUUUGAAUCGGACUUAUCUCUGGCGAUUGCAGUUUCUCCUGCCCUUUGUCAGCAUCGGCCUCAUGUGCUUUGGGGCUCUGAUUGGGCUCUGUGCUUGUGCCUGUCGCAGCCUUUACCCGGCCAUUGCCACUGGGGUCCUGCAUUUCCUAGCAGGGCUGUGUACACUGGGCCUUGUUGGCUGCUAUGUAGCUGGGAUUGAGCUGCUCCAUAGGAAGCUGCCUCUGCCAGAGGAUGUGAGGGGUGAAUUCGGCUGGUCCUUCUGCCUCGCCUGUGUGUCCGCACCUUUGCAGUUCAUGGCAGCUGCUCUUUUCAUCUGGGCAGCUCGCACCAACAGGAAGGAAUUCACCCUCCUGAAAGCCUACCGUGUGGCAUGAGUGCUGCUACUGCAGUCUGGGGUUUCCAUGUUAGAGCCUCUUCUCCCCAGCCCUUACUACUUUUUUCUUUUAGUCAGAAUUUUAUCAUGUACUGCAUGCUUCUUGCCAGUCGACAAUUUAGCCUGCAGGCCCUGAAGACAAAGACCUCUGGGCUAAAUGACCAAACCCUGCCAGAAGUCUGCAGAACUUUAACAGGUUUUUUAAUUGGGUUUUUUUAAGAAUUGUUAUUAUUUUUUAAACUACAUUUGGUUGUUGACAGUUCCCCUUAGUUAGGUGUACAGGCCCCUUCCUAAUUUUAUUACCCUGUCAGCCUGGAGAAAAUAGAAGUGGUGUUGUGAGGUGGAAGAGAGAUAGGAAAAGGUGCAGGUAUGCAAGAAUGGGAACUUCAAUGCACAAAUAAUACAUAAUGAGGAGCUGUCUGCCAUGUGACUGAAGCUGGCAGUACCUACAGGGAGCACCCGAGAGACAUGGGGGAAUUCAGAAACCUCUGUUAAGAAAAUACUGUAGCUAAAUCAGUCUGUAGCUCAGAUCUGGGUCUCCUAUUGUCACUAGUUUGCUGUGUUUUGUGGCAUCUGCCAAAACAGCUGGAGGGAGAGCAGGCAGCUGUGGCAGUGCCUGUACAGCACACCCUCCUGAAUGCACACUGUGCACUUGCUUCUGCCAAGGAGUAGGAUAAGAUGGCCCUCAUGGAGCUCUGUCCUGCUGUAGCUCCACUGCUUCCAGGACCCAGGCUAGUUUGGUAUCUGCACUACAUGUGAUUGUGCACUCUACUCUUAAUUUGUGGUGCUUUUGCUUGAUGUGGAAUAAGGCUUCUCUUUUGUUGAAAAUUACUUCAUCACAAGUUUUCUGGUUUUAAUUUGGUUUAGUGUAUGUGUGUAUAUGUACAUAUAUAAACUUAACUUUUUUUAAACCUCACCUGUUUAUCCUUUAUAGCACACAACAGGGUUUUUUUAAAAGGUGCUGUUCUUUCCCCAUCUUGUUUAAGUUAAAUAAUAAUAAUAAUAAUAAUAAUAAUAAAGACUCAGAAAUUUUCAGCUUUGCAUGAAUCUGAUGGGAGGGUAAGGGAAUGAUCUAGAGCUGAUUUUACUUGGAGAAAGAGGAGCCAGUGUCUAGAUCAUUCUCUCUUUUCAUGGAAGUAUCACCAGAAACCAUGACAUUAGAUUGGAUUUUUUUUAAUGAAAUUCUUGGACUCCUGCUAACUUUAAAUUUUUUCCUGCUCAUCACUGGUGGUCACAACAGCCCAUAAUUUCUAAUUAAUUCAAAAAUGUUAUAUUUAUUCUAAAUCACUGCCACUCUAGCCAGACUGGGUGACAUGUCAUAUCUAGGAAACAAUGUUCCAAGACUAAACUGUUUAAUUCUGAGGCCUUAGCUCACCUUGUUUCCUUACUUCAUGCUUAAUAAAGGAAGUAUGCCUUAGGAGAAGUAA